AGCUGUCAGAGACAUACCACCAAGACUCAGCCACCCCCGGCCAGCAGACACCUCUACGACUCCAGAACCCACACGCAAGGGGCAGUGACUGGCUGCACGGUGCCUGUGGGGUAAGUCAUGGCUGAGGAACAGUCGUACUAUGAAGACCGCAUCUCCAAGGACAUUCUCACCAAAGAAAUCGACCUGGUGGACAGAGACCCCAAGCGGAUUAAUGAAGAUGUCAUCAAGGUGGAUUUCGAAGAUGUGAUUGCAGAACCGCACGGCACGCACAGCUUUGACGGCGUCUGGAAAGCCAGUUACACUACUUUCACCGUGACCAAAUACUGGUGCUACCGGCUGCUCUCUUCCCUCAUCGGCAUACCCCUUUCCAUCAUCUGGGGCGUCCUCUUUGCUCUUAUUUCCUUUUGCCACAUCUGGGCGGUGGUCCCGUGCAUCAAGAGCUACCUGAUAGAGAUCCAGUGCGUUGGCCGGACGUGCUCGCUCUGCGUCCACACCUUCUGCGACCCGCUGUUUGAAGCAUUGGGCAAAGUGUUUAGUACCAUCAAAGUUACUCUGCAAAAGCAGGUGUGAUCAGCGUAUGACUCUCAGGCUGGCCACCUGCCCCAGCAUUACCCAAUGGGAAGCACCUGCCAAGUGCAAUGGGACGCAUUCAGAUUAUAUCUGGAUUUUUCUACUGUUUUACAACACAUCAACCUACUUCUCACAACUUCUUCCAUUAAUGUUCUGUUUCCUGUUGUCGCACCGAGUGACAUUCUAGAAUCACAGAUGCAGAUCUGCUUUUAGCUUGUGCCCUCAACCAAUAUAUAUAUAUAUAUAUAUAUAUAUAUAUAUA